AUGGUGAAAGCACUGAGGCAAGUGGUUACCUCGCCAAAAAUUGAAUACCUCAGGUCUGAUGGAGAUCCACCCAGAUAUGUGUCAUUUAUUCACAGCUUCGAAACUUAUUUGGAACAGGACAACCCCGACGACUCCAGGCGGCUCCAACUACUGAUCCAGCACUGCACUGGAAAGGCAAGAGAAGCGGUCAAGAGCUGUGAGAAUUUACCAGUUUCUGAUGGUUAUCAAGUGGCAAAGGAAACACUGUGCGAGAAUUUCGGAACGCCACAUUUAAUUGCAGAUGUGCAUAUCAAGAAAUUGCUACGUCUACCCAGCCUGAAGAAUGUGGAUGGACCUUACUUAUUGGAAUUUAGUAGUAACGAGUUUGGAUACGACAUUAACUCUGGACCCUCCACAGAAACAAUUCUCGGAAGGAGUAAGGGGAAUUAG